AUGGCCGGUGGCGACGGCGGAGGGGGCGGCGGGGCGCAGGACGACUUCUUCGACCAGAUGCUGUCGACGCUUCCCUCCGCGUGGGGCGACCUGGGCGCCGGCGGGAAGUCGCCCUGGGAGAUCGCGGCGGGCGCCGAGGACCUCGGCGCCUUCGACGAGUCGACGCUGCCCGCGUCCAGGCUCCGGCAGCACCAGAUCGGCGGAGAGAAGCCGGUCAUGCUGCAGCUCACCGACCUCCAGAGGCAGGGCCUCGGCGGCGAGGAGAGCGGCGGCACGGGGUUCUCGCCGCUGCCGCUGUUCGCGGACCGGUCGCCCCCGCAGUCGCGCGAGGAGAUGGACGGCGGCUUCAAGUCGCCCAAUGGCACGGGAGGUGACCACGCGCUGUUCAACGGAUUCGGGGUGCAUGGCGCCGGCGCCGCCGUGCAGCCGCCGUUUGGCCAGGGAGGAUCAAUGUCGGGGCAGAGCUUCGGAGGAGGGCCGGCGGCGAGCGGAGGCACGACGGCGCCCGCCUCCUCCGGCGGCGGCGGCGGCGCGGCCCCGCCGCGGCAGACGCGCGUGCGGGCGAGGCGAGGGCAAGCCACCGACCCGCACAGCAUCGCCGAACGUCUCCGGCGGGAGAGGAUUGCGGAGCGGAUGAAGUCGCUGCAGGAGCUGGUCCCCAACGCCAACAAGACUGACAAGGCGUCGAUGCUGGACGAGAUCAUCGACUACGUCAAGUUCCUGCAGCUCCAAGUCAAGGUUCUGAGCAUGAGCCGGCUGGGCGGGGCCGCCGGCAUGGCGCCGCUGGUGGCCAGCAUGUCCUCCGAGGCGAAGAGCAGCGCGAAGAGCAGCAACGGCGGCGGGAACAGCGCGGCGGCCGCGGCCGCCAAGGCGAACGGCGGAGGCGAGAGCGGCGGUGGAGCAGGGGCCGGCGGGCUACGGGUGACGGAGCAUCAGGUGGCCAAGAUGAUGGAGGAGGACAUGGGCACGGCCAUGCAGUACCUGCAGGGGAAGGGUCUCUGCCUCAUGCCCAUCUCCCUCGCCUCCGCCAUCUCCUCCGCCACCACCACCACCACCUCCCCGGCCUCGCUCCUCGCCAGGCAGGCCGUCCGCCCCGGCGCCGCCGCCGCCGCGCUGACCUCCGCGAACGGCGGCGGCGACGACGCCCCCGUCCGGCCCGUCAAGGUCGACGCCGGCGCCGCGUCCGGCGGGAAGCCGUGA